UUCUCCGGCUUUCUCUCCUUCUGGUCCUACAUCAUCAUCCUCAACACCGUGGUGCCCAUCUCGCUCUACGUGAGCGUGGAGGUGAUCCGCCUCGGGCACAGCUACUUCAUCAACUGGGACAAGAAGAUGUACUGUGCCAAGCGCCGGACGCCGGCUGAGGCACGGACCACCACCCUGAACGAGGAGCUGGGGCAGGUGGAGUACAUCUUCUCCGACAAGACCGGCACCCUCACCCAGAACAUCAUGGUCUUCAGCAAGUGCUCCGUGAACGGGCACAGCUACGGCGACGCGCAGGACGUGCUGGGUCCUAAAGUGGAGCUGGGAGAGAGGCCGGAGCCCGUUGACUUCUCCUUCAACCCGCUGGCGGAUCCGGGAUUCCAAUUCUGGGACCCCAGCCUGCUGGAGGCCGUCCAGCUGGGGGAUCCCCACGUGCACGAAUUCUUCCGCCUGCUCUCGCUCUGCCACACCGUCAUGUCCGAGGAGAAGAGCGAAGGGGAGCUGUACUACAAGGCGCAGUCCCCAGACGAGGGGGCAUUGGUCACAGCUGCCAGGAACUUUGGCUUCGUGUUCCGGUCCCGCACACCCAAAACCAUCACGGUGCACGAGCUGGGCCGAGCUGUUACCUACCAGCUGCUGGCCAUCCUGGACUUCAACAACAUCCGCAAACGCAUGUCUGUCAUCGUGCGCAGCCCUGAGGGCAAAAUCCGGCUGUACUGCAAAGGCGCCGACACCAUCCUGCUGGAGCGCCUGCACCCCUCCAACCAGGACCUGAGCAACGUCACCACGGACCACCUGAACGAAUACGCCGGCGAGGGGCUGCGCACGUUGGUGUUGGCCUGCAAGGACCUGGAGGAGAGCUACUAUGAGGACUGGGCUGAACGGCUGCGCCGUGCCAGCGGAGCUCCUGAGGCCCGCGAGGAUCGCCUGGCCCGGCUCUACGACGAGGUGGAGCAUAACAUGACGCUGCUUGGAGCCACGGCCAUCGAGGACAAACUGCAGCAGGGCGUCCCCGAAACCAUCGCCAUCCUGACGCUGGCCAACAUCAAGAUCUGGGUGCUGACGGGGGACAAGCAGGAAACAGCAGUGAACAUCGGCUACUCCUGCAAGAUGCUGACAGAUGACAUGAGCGAGGUGUUCGUGGUCACGGGCCACACCGUGCUGGAGGUGCGCGAGGAGCUCAGGAAAGCCCGGGAGAAGAUGAUGGAUGGAUCGCGCUCCAUGGGCAAUGGCUUCUCCUACCAGGAGAAACUCUCCUCUUCAAAGCUCACCUCCGUGCUGGAAGCCAUCGCGGGCGAAUACGCUCUGGUCAUCAACGGGCACAGCCUGGCCCACGCGCUGGAGGCAGACAUGGAGGUGGAGUUCCUGGAGACAGCGUGCGCCUGCAAGGCCGUGAUCUGCUGCCGUGUGACGCCCCUGCAGAAGGCACAGGUGGUGGAGCUGGUCAAGAAGUACAAGAAGGCGGUGACUUUGGCCAUCGGGGACGGGGCCAACGACGUCAGCAUGAUCAAGACCGCGCACAUCGGGGUGGGCAUCAGCGGGCAGGAGGGCAUCCAGGCAGUGCUGGCCUCCGACUACUCCUUCUCACAGUUCAAGUUCCUGCAGCGCCUGCUCCUGGUGCACGGGCGCUGGUCCUACCUACGCAUGUGCAAAUUCCUCUGCUAUUUCUUCUACAAGAACUUCGCCUUCACCAUGGUCCACUUCUGGUUCGGCUUUUUCUGCGGCUUCUCAGCUCAG